CCCAAGUCUUGUGCCAACAGCCACAGACCAAGUUUUCCCAACCCAAGUAAGGCCCAACAAAAUCUUUCAUUUCCAUUUUCCAUCACGACACGUACACUGUACACACACACUAACACACGGCGGCUCUUCCCUAGGACACCACCGUGCGUUUGUCGGAGCCGCCGAGGGCUGCCACCACACUCGGCUGUGCAGAGCCUAGAAACUGGAUCGACCUGCAAGUAAUUUUAAAACAAUAUUCUUGUUUUCUUCAAAAAUCAAGAAUUUUGCUACUUUUGGAUUGGGAUUUGGGAGCUCGCAGAUUACACUGAAAAUCAGCUGCAUUUAUGCCUGGUUGUAAUCUUUUCAUGCUUUUUCUUGAGAGAAGCUUGUAAGAAUCCCAUUUUAAUGGCUGCUUCAAGUCCAGAUGUAGAGCUUCCAUUGGAUAAAUUAUCAUUGGAUUGUAUCAAUAAAGAUGGUUUAUCAAGUUCAGGGAGCAAGGGGAAGCUUUAUGUCGUUUUGGUAUCAACUGGGAGUUUUAAUCCUCCUACAUAUAUGCACUUGCGCUGUUUUGAGUUGGCAAGAGAUUACCUAAUUUCAAAAGGCUUUUGUGUCAUUGGGGGUUAUAUGUCACCUGUAAAUGAUGCAUACAAGAAAAAGGCAAGUCAAAGCUCCUACCAACGCACGUUAACGGUGUUGUCUAGAGUUGGGGAAUCAUUACGCAAGAGUAAAAUUGUAUCCAGUGAGUCGCUUAAAGUCUUGCUCGUCUGUGGUUCUGAUCUGUUAAAAUCUUUCGGUAUUCCUGGAUUUUGGAUCCGUGACCAGGUUAGGACCAUUUGUCGAGACUUUGGGUUGAUUUGCAUACGGAGAGAUGGCCAAGAUGUUGAGAAUAUCAUAUCUAAGGAUGAUAUUUUGAUCGAGUACAAGGAUAAUAUCAUAAUCGUUGAUGAAGUGGUACCAAACGGCAUCAGUUCAACCGGGCUGAGAGACUGCAUUUCAAGAGGAUUGUCAGUGAAGUAUUUGACAGCUGAUGAAAUGUCAAUCGACUCCAGGGCAUUGGUCGUCUCUGACCCGUCAGCAUUAAGGCAUGUUGGACAAAAGUAUCCCUUUGUAAAGGAAGAGGUACAUAAUGGUCCAGUCCAUGGUCAGAACCCCGCGUCAAUGAUAAACCACUCGCAGAAACUUCAGGAUGACUUGCAGGAACUUGGUCAAAGAAUUAAGCACCAUGAAGACAAUAUCAAAUGUUUAAAAAAUCUGAAGAAUAAAUUAGAUGACUCAAUCCUUGAUAUGCAAGUUGCUAUUGGGAAAUAUCAUACAGCAAAAUUUCCUAGAGGCGAAAAUGAAGGCCCUGUCCCGAUGGAGAGUGAGGAAGACAUACUUCAGCAGAUCUUGAAGUACGAGAAUUCUGCAGCAGCCUUGUUGUGUAAGAUGAAAUAUAACCGUGAGGCGCAGGCCUCUGAUCACUCAUUGACUGAAGAUGUGCUCGGUGUUGUUGCUAUACUUGGCAAAGUUGGUGAUGCUAACCUUAGCAGGCUUCUGUCAGAGUAUUUGGGUUUUGAAACCAUGCUAGCAGUGGUCUGCAAGACCUAUGAAGGAGUCAAAGCUCUCGAGGGAUACACCAAAGAUGGUUCAAUUAACAAAGGUUCAGGCAUUCAUGCCCUAGCUGCAUUAGCUGGACGGCCUCUGGAUGACCGAUUCCUCAUCAUUUGUCUUGAAAAUCUAAGACCAUAUACUGGUCAGAUAAUAACUGAUGACCCCCAACGGAGGCUUGAUCUUCUGAAGCCAAGAUCAACUAGUGGGGAAACUCCUGCCGGCUUUCUUGGUUUUGCUGUCAAUAUGGUGACAAUUGAUGGCACUUACUUAUAUUCUACCUCAAAAAACAAACACAGUCUGAGAGAGACGCUAUUCUACAACCUUUUCUUGGAUUUGCAAGUAUACAGAUCAAGAGACGACAUGCUAAAGGCUCGACCUUAUAUUGCCCAUGGAGCCAUAUCUCUCGAUGGAGGGAUUAUAAAAAGUCCCGGGAUGUUCUCCUUGGGUCAUCACAAGGAUAUAGAUGUCAAGUUUCCUAGUGACUCCAAAAGGAGUCUCCCAGCGACCUAUUUUGAAAUUGAAAAUAAACUUAAGGAGACGAAGUGGAAGAAGGAACGAGCAGGAGAAGAUAUGCAGAGAGAGCUAGCUCUGUUAGAUCAUACAAAGCUCAACUAUGAAAUAAAAAAGAAGGAAUUUGUCCAGUUUAUUGCUGAAAGUGGAUCAUAUGCUGCUCAGAAAAUGGAAAUAUUGCAUUUCUUAUCCGACUAUUGA